AUGCCCGACGUGGACUCAACUUUGCGCCAGGAGGCUCAAUGGAAAUACAUAAUCGCGUCAGACCUGACAAAGUCGUUCUAUCAGAUCCCUUUGAGUCGCGUCUCAAUGGAGUACUGUUGUGUGGCCACACCAUAUAAGGGAGUACGCGUAUACGUGCGUUCGGCCAUGGGCAUGCCUGGGUCCGAGACCGCUUUGGAAGAACUGACUUGUCAGGUUUUAGGAGACUUAGUAGAAGCCGGGUGCGUAGCUGAAGUUGCGGAUGACUUAUACAUUGGUGGCAAUUCCUUUGAAGAACUAUGUCAAAAUUGGAGAAAUGUUUUGCAAGCCUUACACCGUUGUAACUUAAAUCUGUCUGCCACAAAGACUACUAUUGCCCCGAGGCAAACGACCAUCCUUGGCUGGGUGUGGCGACUUGGCACCCUUCAGGCCAGUCCGCACCGUCUUGCGACUCUCAUAACAUGCAGCCCUCCGAUUACAGUAUUCGGCCUCCGAUCAUUCAUCGGCGCAUGCAAGGUUUUAGCCCGCGUUGUUAAAGGUUGUUCUGCAUUGUUAUCACAGCUAGAUGAAAUUGUAGCUGGACGUGAAUCAAAAGACACCUUUCUGUGGUCUGAUGGACUACUCGAGACAUUCAGAAAGGCCCAGUCAGCCUUAUCCCAAAGUCGCACUAUUGCGCUACCUCGCCCAAGUGACCAGCUCUGGAUCGUUACCGAUGGUGCUGUGAGAAACCCCUGA